UUGUAUUGCGCAUGCACACGCCAUGAGCAUGUUAUUAGCUGCGCAAAAGAUACGAUAGUGUCUUCCUUUUAGACGUGUUAAAUAACUUCUUGGAUUACGGAUACAGAUCGAACUUAUAUGCUCGGUAUCUAUACCAAUGCAGCAAGAUGACAACUAACGUUCACACCUGAACAACCAAGUUUAAGAUGGCAGAUUAUAGAGACUUAUGUCACACACCCGGAAGUCAAAAAUGGCUCAAAUGUUGGAUGGCCGUUUACAUAACCAGAGGAGGCAUUUUGCCCUUUGUCCGGGAACAGAUGACUGAUCUUCAUAAAGCAUUCCUUGACAUCAUCGAGAAAGAGGGUUUGCAUGCAUGUAGCAGCUGUUGUAUUCCUAAUGUUUUAAAUUGUCCUACAAGAGGGUUAUGUUAUGUGAAGAAAGGCCAUUGUAAUCUCCACAGUGCACCGGAGCUUAUGUACAAGUUCUGUAAAGCGCAUGAUAGAUUUAAGACCGAAAUAGAAAAACAGAACCGCUUAAAACCAUUCUGGACGAGCUCAAAAGCAGAGAAAUGGUUUUCUUCUCCACUAGAGCUUGCCAAAUGUUUUUUGCCGAAGGGUGAAUACAGUGAAAAGGAAUCUUUUGACGAACUGGACUUCAAUGGAUUGAUUGCAUUGAUUAUCAACUGUAAAACAUUUGAGACCUUGUUUCAAGCCAAAAUGUCUGACCAGACAAAUAUUUGUACUGAGGUCCGAGAUCUAGUCAACAAAAUCCGCCAUUUUGAGAGAAUCGAUAUACCAAUUACGGACGUUGAACUUCAAGAUACAAUUGAUAAUAUGAUAAGGCUGCUCAGCGAUCCAAAAGACCUUUGUAACAGAGAAGGGGUAUUGCGUGGUCUUAAACAGCUUAAAGGGGACACACUGGUUAUUUCAACUCAGGAUGCUAUAAAAUGUCUUGAAGAAGCUUACAAGAGUAUAGAUGAAACAAAUUCCAAGGCGUUAGAAUAUAUUAAAAAAGACAUUACAGAAAAGUUAGAGGCAUUCAAAGACGAAGUUGAAAAUAUCACUGACAAAAGUUUAAGCAAAGUCCGAGAGGAACGGGGUACAUCUAUUGCAGCCAUAGAAGAACAAAGAAAACAGGCGUUUGCAGACAUAGAAAAACAUUUAAAAGAGCAAGACGAACGGGAUCAAUUAUCCAAGACGUCUUUUAAGGACCAAACUGAUUCUUUAGAAGCAUUUGCACAUGUGCAAGAACAUAAGCUAGAAAAAAUAGCCAACGAUAUUGACCGGGAAACAAAAGAAGCACGUACCAGAUCAAUGUACCCAUCAGAAGAACAUUUACACAAAGAGUUUCAGUUGGAACUGAUCAAAUAUCAAGAGAGAAAACAUGGUUAUCUUCAGCCAGUUGCCUUAGUUCCUGACAUAAAAGUACCAAUAGACUCCCUUUACGUAAACCCUGACGUUGCAAUAAUUCAAGAUAACAAAGAUAAUAGUCAUGAAGGCCAUUCUGGAAACGAAUCCAUGAAAGUUGAAUCUUUCAGAAAUAUGCUUUUCAAAAAAGGCGAGGCUUUUCGAAUUGUUCAUGUUAUAGGUGAACCCGGAACAGGGAAAACUUCGUUCUGCUCAAAAAUUGUUUCAUCUUGGUGUAAAGCGCAAAGAAGUGUUUUCCCUCAGAAGAAUAAAGACCCGAUUGAUUCAUAUGAUUUGGACAACGUGACGACAUUUUUGGAUGAAGACACAUUAAGUUAUUUUGAGUUUUUAUUUUGUAUAUCUUUAGGUUAUGCCAGUGAUGCCGAAUGUGAUAUUACUGAAAUUAUAUCAAGUCAAAUAGUUUCAGAACUUCCUGGAAGAAACAUAUACAGCAGCGAUGUAGUUGAUACAAUUCUUACUUCAAAACGAACACUUGUUUUAAUGGAUGCACUUGAUGAAUGGAAUCACCCAGAUUCAUGUAGACGCCAAAAGACCAUCAUUCCUCAUUACAUAGAAGGUGAGAAUCUGACAGUGUUGAUCACUACACGUCCUUUGAAAGCUCCAAUCACGUCGAAAUUUAGUCCAGUCAGUAAUCAUAGACUUACUCUUAAAGGUAUAAGUUCUGUAUCAGUUAGAGCUUUAAUUUAUAACGUUACAAAACUUCUGAAUACACCACAUACAGAAAAAGCAAAAGACGCAAGUGAGUUUUUGGAUAUGAUUUUUGAAGUGGAAAUGUUUGAUCAUCUUUCAGUUCCACUCCUAGGUGUUUUUAUUAUUGCUCUUUGGCAUGAUGAUAGAUCUUUAACAGACUCAAGGUGUGAGAUCUACGCUGAAAUACUUGACAUGCUUAUCCUGAGAGAGCAAGAGAAAUUGAAUUCAAAUCCGGAUUUAAAGGGUCAUAUUGAUAAUCCAAAACUUGAUAAGGUUUCUUGUUUAACAAAUAAAAGCGGACUAUCUUUAAAUUUUGAUACUCUUGAAUCAUUUACAAAGCUAGCAUUUUACACAUUGACUGAUUUGAAACGGGAUUCUGUGGUUAAUUUCCCGGAAAAUAUUGUGGCCAAGUAUUUAAGUAACACAGAGUGCAAACUUGCUCUGAAAAUGGGAAUAAUUUCGUGCAAUACACAUGUCAUUAAUUUACGAAAGAAAGAAAAGAGAUUUUAUUUCGUGCACAAAUCAUUCCAAGAGUUUCUAGCAGCUCUCUUCAUUGCAUUUAAUAGUGAAGAUUCAAAAAGUGUUGAUGAGAUUGUUUCCAUCUGUCAUUCUGUAGAAGAUAUUUUAAGCUUCAGCGACAUGUUUGUAUUUUUAUGCGGACUAAGCCCAUUAUCUUCAUGCAAAAUAUUGGACAAGUUUAACACAAUAUUGAGGUCAUUUCAUUUUGAUGUUGAAUCGUUUGAUAUUGAAAAUAUCCAACGAUUCGUUAUAGAUGGACACAUUGAAGGCAUAAAGUCUAACCACGUCGGCUUUUCAUUGCCUCUACUCAACAUAUGUGUAGGAAAGUAUAUGACCGAGAAAGAAGAGAAAAAUUUGAUUGAGCUUAUUGAGCGUAACAAACCAGAAAUAGAGUAUAUAAGCAUCUCUUGUAUGGAUAAGAUAAGAUACUUUGCCACCGAAGCAAGCUUACAACCUUCAAACGAGACAGAAUAUAAAUCUCAGUCACUUAUCACUAUUGAAGGGCAACAUUUAAAAGUUUUUGAACUAACUGAUUAUUACAUAGGACCGGCUAUUUGUCUUGACCUGUCUAAAUGUUCAAAUUUGGAAAGCAUACACGUAGAAGGUAUGCAUCAAUGCUGUUUGAAAAUUAAUUGCAAAUUGGUCAAAAGGUUAUCAGUGGAUUCGAAGCUUCUUAGUACGUUUUCAGACACGCUAUUUCAAGACUUGAAUAAUAUUGAGACGUUUAGAGGAAUUGGUGCAUUGAAACAACAUCUUAGAUUUCUCGCUGAAUUUUCGUCUGAACGUAUGAAAUGUAUUGAACUAGAAUCGAUUGUCUUUGAUGGUUGCAUAGAUCUUCAGUCUUCUGCUAACAUUGAAACAUUGAAUAUUAUCAACUGUAGAUCAACAGGAUUUAAAUUCAGUUCUUCAAACAUUGUAAAUUUUACUCUGAGAAACACUUGUUCUGAAAUCACCAGAGAUGCUUUGCUUUGUCUCAACAACAACUGUGAGAAAUUAGAAACGUUUGGAGUCUUUGGCACAGAUUUUGAACUUCUAACAGAGGCAGUAGUUAUAAUCAGAAGUGUAACAUUAAAGCAGGUUGCAAUAAAUAAUAUAAAAUUAUGGCCUGAAACACUUAAAAUCUCGUUCAUUUGCGAAACUAUAGAAUCCCUGAGAUUCGACCUGAGUCAAGUUGAAAAAAUAGAAUGUCUUAAGAACUCUCUUAAUGUUCACGUUACUAAUGACAUCGGGAAUGGAUCUGCUGGAACGGCUCUUAAUUAUUUGUCAAACCAAGGACAAUUGAUCAAUUCCUUAUGUUUAUAUAGUGUAAGUAGAGUAUGGAUCGAUCGUUUCAUAUCGAUUCAAUUGCCACAACUCAGGUAUCUUCAAAUACUUAAUUGUUCUUCCGGAUUUGACUUGCGUAGUUGCCGAAAUCUUGAAGAGUGUGAAAUUCACAGUAGCAGUCUUAUAUGUUUCCUCAAUUUUGAAAUUCUUAAAGAACUAAAUAUAAUUGAUUCUUUUAUAGCAAUGGAAGGAAUCAACAAAGCAGCACCUGAGCUUAAGGCGCUACAAAUUCAAAAUUCUCGAUUUUUACAGUUGGAUCUAGGUAUAAAUAAUAUGUUUCAGUUCAUUUCUACCACCCUCUCAAAAGUCGAUUUAGAUCGGGUGCAGUUAAACAACGGGUUAGAUUUAUCCAAGUGUGAUUCUAUAAGAGAAUUAAGACUAAAUGAAGUGUCAUGCAAAGACAUACGUAUUGAGCCAUUGCAAUUGACGAAAUGUUACAUAGAAAAUUGUCAGGAGUCUGUGGUCGUCCAAAUGCUAUCCGAACCCUUAUUUAGUGCAAAAAAAAUGGAAGAACUGAUUAUAUCAAAUAAAGAAAUCCUUAAUCUUAAUACCGAUAUCUUUGGAAAAUGGCCGUGUUUGAUAUCGUUAAAACUUAGAGGUCUUGCCGUCAAAGGAUCAGUCAGUCUGUUACAAUGUUGCAGCUUACACAUUGUUGACCUUGACGAUGUUUCUUUUCAUGAGCUAAGAAUCAUUCAGUGUGAAGGUCUUUCAACCCUAAUUGUGAACAAUAUACCGUCGAACAUACUGCCUUACAGUCAAAACAAACGCUUGUGCUCUAUUAGUAUGCAAGUAGACACGAAUUGUUUGAGGGAAAUUCGUAUUGAGAAUAUACAGUCAUCGUCCUUACAGAGGCUGUUUGUUGAAUUAGGAAACACAUGUUUAAACACUAUCCAAAAACUGUUCUUGUCAGGAAUGUCAUCGUUUGAAUCCAGGACAAUACACCACGCCACUAUUAGUACAACAAUAACAUGUCCAAAGUUAAGAGAGUUCACUCUUUAUUACUUUAAUUCGAAAAUGGACAUUUUCAUAGAAAACUGUUUUGGAUUGUGUUUACUGAGCCUUAAUCGAGUUUGUAUCAAUUCAGUGAAGUUCGAGGUUACGAGAUUAAAACGGUGUUCACUUUCGGCGUGCUCUACACCAAUUGUAAACUCAAUAGUGAAUGAUGUUUUUCGUCACAACACAUUGGACCUUGAGUAUCUGUCUAUCAGUGAAUGUGAUAAACUUGAACUGAACAAUAUGGCUGUUCUUUAUGCGCCAUUACAGGAAUUGUAUAUUUCCUCAAUGACAUUAAUUAACGGAUCAAUUAUUUUUCAUGGCCAAAACCUCAAGAACGUACACAUGCAUAAUGUCAAAGGGAACAUUCGCAUUACAAAUGCUUGCAAUAUAGAUAGCUUAUAUCUUGUUAAUACCGCUGUUUGUCUAGAAGGCGCAAUACGAGCCCCCGUCAAAGUUACUGUAUGUCAUGCACCAAACCUGGAUGUCUCUUCUAUUCUCCCCUUUGGGCCAAAUAUUUUAAGUACUCUAAUAUUGAAGGGUUGCAGGAUUUCAUUUUCUGGAAAACAUGUGUUAAAUUGCCCUGCUCUUGAGUCAAUCAGUAUGACAGACGUAACAAUACUGUCCGCUAUUGUUUUCGAGGUGGAAAUGUUACGCAAUAUUUCUUUGGAACAAUGUAAAAUUUUGCAUUUUGAGUUGCUGGCCAAUGAAAAACCUACAACAUUUAUCACUGAAAAAUUAAUCUGUAAUUACAUUGUUUUAAAAAAGGUUUUGCUCAAAGAAUGUUCAGUGUCCAAAAGUAGUACAUGUAUCUUGUUUGAAGUUCUGCGUUGUUUGAAAAUUGCAAGUCACACACUGACGUCACUUAAAAUCCUGCCAAUUGAACAGAAAGAAAAAUGCAACUCAUCCACGGUUAAAGAUAUAUAUGUUAGUCAACAUAGUAUUUCUGAUAUCUAUAUAGAUCAACCGAUCACUUUUGGUCGUGGUAUGAGUCACCCGGACACAACUGGUGGGGAUAUCGAGCAGCUGAUCACUAUUGACCGUGCUAUGAGGCACUCAGACACUAUCGGUGUCGACGGCGAUCAACCGAUUACGAUUGAACAUGAUAUAAGUCACCGAGACACUAUUAUUAGCGAUACCUACACACCGAAUACUUUAACUAAAACGACCAUUGUUUAUAGCGGGACCAAUCUACAGAGCAUUGCUGUGGACGAUUGGCUUGAAACAGACGUCAUAAUUGACUCGAAUGAAUUACAUACAUUUGAAAUGAUUGGUGUAAACGUUUCAGGUGAAAUUAACAUAUGUUCUACGAGUCUAAAGUCUAUGAAAUUGACAAAUGUCAAAAUUAAUGGCAUUAUAGACAUACGUUGCCUCCCAGCGUUAACAAAUCUUAACUUCAAUAAUGUAACGGCAGGUCAAAUGCUUUUGAAAAGAGACCGAAUUAACAAUAUUAACGUAUUGAAUUCUAACUAUGCUAUUAUAACAGCUUUUGUACACCUUAUUGCUCAAGGUCUUCCUGACACUGCGAAUCGUACUGACAUCAAAAGACAAAUUGAUGUACACACGAGCCCUAAUAUGUCUGAAAUACGUUGUGAGACAUUUCGUUGCGACGACCAAUGGGGGAAAGUAACGUUCAAAAAAAUAAUAAUUGUAGAACAGCUUACCUUAAAUUUAAAUGCGACUCAUAUUCUUUUGGAUUGUGUGACCAUUAAUGGAAGUUUGAUAUUUUCUUCAUGUCUAACGAAGAUUUCUUUACAACAGGUGACCAUUAGUGAUACACUCGAUAUGCAUAUAUGCGGUAAUUUAAAAUACCUAUGUAUUCAUGACUGUGAGCUUGGAGAAACCAUUCUAUGUGAAGAAAUGCCGCUGUAUCAUCUUUCACUUAAUAGUAUACGUGGAAAGCAAAUACUAAGUUUGCAAACGAAUUGUACAAAUCUGCAAAAUGUGAUUUUGAUAAACAACCAGAUAAAGACGAAUUGUUCAUUUAUGCUGCCAAAUAUACGGCAAAUGUCAGUGGCACAAAUGCAUUUCGGAGGAUCUUUUGAAGUUGUCCUUGGAACAGAGGUAAAACACGUAAGAGUCACUGAUUCACACUUAUGUAGCUUUUAUUUGCAACCAUCUCGUAAACAGUCGCAAAGUAUCAGUACUCUAAAUGACAUAGAUCUUUUCGAAAGUAGUGCGCCGAGAAAAGCCGAUCAACUAGUUCGAGAAAAUGAAUGGUUUGAAAUUGCAAAUUCUACUAUAUGUGGAAAUGUAACAAUAAUAAGCGACCAUGUUAAAUAUUUGGAAAUAAGUAAAACUGUACUCACUGGAAUUUUAGAUCUGAAAGAGUGCAAAAGCCUGACAGAACUUCAUAUGUUCAUAGUCGAGGAGAAUAUUUUGCCUGGGUUUAAAAUAGAAACUUUAAAUUUGCUUGUACUUUCAAUAAAGUUUGAAAAUUGUGAGGUUUUAUAUAAUGCCUUAAGGACUGUCUUACAAACAAACAAUACAAGGAUAAUGCAAAUUAAUACAAAUCAUGCCAAAAAGAAACAUUCAUGCAAACAUUGUAAUACACACCUAAGUGUUAGUUUUCCCAAUUUAGAGAUCAUACAACUGUCCUUGUUUAAAUUCUGUGGAAAAAUUGAAUUAACCAAAACAACUUUAAAAGAAAUUAACAUUGUUGAUUCGUAUAUAUCUAAUAUAACAUUAAGCACAGAUCAUGUCGAAACAUGCUUAGUACAGGACGUGAACGAGGGGAUUGUUUCCGGCAUUUUAUCAUCCCUAUCUAGAAAUGCAGACAAACUUCAAAAACUCGUACUGAAACCCUACUUCAAAUUUGAAGAAAAUGAGAAAUUAAAAAUCAUUGAUAGCUUUAAAUUAGUAUGUCCUGCAUUAGAAUUGUUUGAUUUUGCUGGAAUACAUUUAAAUGGAAGCUGUUCGUUAGAUGCAGAACAUCUCACCGCGUUGAAUAUGAGAUAUGUUACAAUUAAAGGUUGCUUUGAUAUACAACUGUGCAAGAAUCUUAGAAAUUUAACAAUGAUGUCGUGCGUUGUCGACAAGUUUUUAAUGAAUGCCUUCUGUCUUGAAAAUUGUUCAGUCACUGAAAAUACGUCAGAGGCAAUAGUGGUUGGAGUUUUUAAGUCAUUCAGAGACACAAAUCUCGUCAUGAAGAUACUAAAUGUGCUAAAUCUCAAUUUUAUUCAAGUCAGCCUCGAAAACGUUGAAAUCUUAAGUACAAGUCUUGAAAAAGUCUACCUCACUCACUUAAAAUCAAGUGAAAGUAUUUCUUUUGUUGUAAGCGAUAAAUUAGUUCACGUACAACUAAUCGAUGUUGAAGCUUCGAGUAUUCAUUUCGAUUUAGUAACAACUCUCUGUGUAAGGGCGCCAACAGCUGGCUCAUUGACCGAUGAUCCAAAGAAAGAAGUUUUCGAUGCCUCUCCAGGAACAACAUUGACACGUCUAAUACUACAGAAUGUAAAUAUUAGUGGCUGUAUUGAUCUGAAAGCUAUAAAAGAAUUACAAGUUAUUUCUUUUUCUGCUGUCCGGUGCAGCGAUAUCGCAUUGUGUCUCGAGAAGGUCAAAACAUGUUAUCUCUCUAAGGUUUCUCCACACGUAGCUAGGGCCAUUGUCACCGAGUUAAUUCGUGGAGCAUGCAAAAUUGAAAGCAUUGAGACGAGGGAAUGUGGUAUUUCAAGGUGCUUACAAAGGGUAAUAGACUGUUGGGUAUCCUUGAAACGACCACUGAUUAAUAUCAUUAAAGAACAGGUAUCUUACCGCAAAAUAUACGAACCACUGUCAUACCUGCAGCUUGAAACAAAAUGCUUUGAAUCCAGAUAUGCGUUCACACUGAUUCAGUCUUACCAGCUUCGAAAAUGGAAAUCGUUGCCUCUUGGCGAAGCGUGUAUGUAUGAGUGCACGUUUUUGCCGUUUUUACCACUACGUGAUGAUUUCAAAUCUGGUAAUUUCAUUGGAUUACCACAUGUCCGUCUGAAGACCCCAUGUAUGAUGAAAUAUAUACCGUUUCUUUUUAAAAAGACAAGCAUUUGAUCUCAUAAUUAUGUUUGUUCAAAUGUUUGACAAUAAAACAACUCAGUAUUGUGAUGAUUUUAUUGAAAUUGGAAACAUUCUAGUAAGUUCAAGACAGCAAAAUGCACAAACAUCAUUGAAUCAGUACUCAGAGGAAAUACUCACAACGACAAAGUGUUGUUAUUAAUAAAAACUUAAUCAGCGAAAUUGAUUUUUUUAUAAUAACCUGAUCGUGCAAACACAUAUGGAAUAAAACGCGUUCGAUGAAUGUUUCAAUUGCCAUUUAUUAAUUUACUGUGAGAUCCAUCUUUUGAAAAUCGUCUCAGACUUGACAUAUUUAUACUGUUGUAUUUAAUCUAUGAAUCUGUAAAUUCAAUGUUACUAUUUUUGUUUUACUUUACACAUUCUUAUAAAUAUACUGUUUAUUUAUUAAACUAAGUCGACGGAACAAUAUUUAUAUGUUGCGAUGCGCCUGCAAAUUGUUAAUCAUUGACACUUUAAUACAAGGUUUUAUUAAUUAAACUAACUACACGGUAGAUGCACGGUUUACAGUUAAUUUUAGGCUACUUGACUUGUCCCUGUAUUUUCCAUUGUUGUUUAAGUAGACGGUGCAUGAAUGUUUGCUGAUAGUGUCUGCAAUUUACUUUCACACGUUGAUAAUUGAUAUUGUUCAAAUAUUAAACUAAGUAGACGGUAUAUGAACGGGUGUUAAUAGUAUUUGCAAUUUGUUAACUUUAUCAUUGUAAAUAGUUACAUUGAGUCUUUUUUCAAUUGAACAUUGUAGACGGAACCAGCACGAAAGUUAGUGGUAUCUGCGAUUGGAUACCUUUAUCCCUGUCAAUAAUUAUAUUGUUAAACUAUUGAUCUUAGUAGACGGUACAUGAACGUAUGUUAAUGGUGUCUACAAUUUCUUUACUUUACCCUUGUAAAUAAUACUUUUAUUUCUUCGACUUGCUAGACGGUGACCUAACCUAAGAUAAUGGUGUCUGCUUUGUGUUUAUUGUACACUUGUGAUGACAAUAUAGUUCAUAAAUUGGACUUAGACGACAUUAUAUAAACGUAACGUCUGCAUAUUUUUAUUAUUAACAGUUGUUUAUGGUUCCAUGCUUCAUUCAUUGAUCUUAGUAGGCUGUAAAUAGCCCUUAGUUCAGGGUGUCAACAAUUUGUUUACCUAUCCCUUGUUUAUAUUCAUACUGUUUCUUUAUUAAUAUGACUAGACGGUACCUGAACGUAUGGUAAAAGUGUCUGCAAUUUGUUUACUUUACACACGUUUAUUGUUACAUUGUUCCUUUAUUGAACUAAGUAGACGGUACGUAAACGUGUGUUCAUGGUGUCUGUAAUUUGUUUACUUUACACAUGUAAAUCGUUAUAAUGUUUCUAUAUUUAGCUCAGUAGAUGGUACAUUAACGUAUAUUAAUGGUGUCUACAAUUUGUAUACUUUUUAUUAGUUCAUUGUUAUAUAGUUUCUCUAUUAAACUAAGUAGACGGUGCAUAAACGUAUGCUAAUUAUCGCUGCAAUUUACUCACUUUACACAUGCUUAUUGUUAAAUUGUAUCUUUAUUGAACUUAGUAGACGGUACAUGAACGUAUGUUAAUGGUGUCUGCAAACUGUUUACUUUACACAUGUUAAUUGUUAUAUUGUUUCUGCAUUAAACUCAGUAGAUGGAACAUUAACGUAUGUUAAUGAUGUCUGCAAUUUGCCGACUUUACACAUGUUAAUUGUCAAAUUGUUUCGUUAUCAAAUUUAGUAUACGGUACGAACACGUAUUUUAAUAGUGUCUGAAAUUUGUUUACCUAGCAAAUAUUAAUUGUGAUAUUGUUUCUUUAUUGAACCUAGUAGAUGUUACAUAAACGUAUGGUAAUGGUGUCUGUAAUUUGCUUACUUUACAUACAUUUGUUGUUAUAAUAUUACUGUAUUUAACUUACAGAUGGUACAUAAACGAAUGUUUAUGGUGUCUCUAGUUGGUUUGUUUUCGACAUGUUUAUUGUCAUAUUGUUCUUUUUAUGAAUUAAGUAGAUGGUACAUUUACGUUUGUUAAUGGUGUCUGCAAUUUGCGCACUUUACACAUGUUAACUGUGAUAUUCUCUCUUUAUUGAAUAUAGUACAUGUUACACACACGUAUGGUAAUGGUGUCUGUAAAUUGCUUUCUUUACAUAUGUUAAUUGCUAUAUACUUCCUGUAUUUAACUUAGAAGAUGGUACAUAAAUGUAUGUUAAUGGCGUCUGCUGUUGGUUUAAUUGAGUAGCUGGUAUAUCAACGUAUUUUAAUGGUGUCUGAAAUGUCCAUACUUUUUACAUGUUAAUUGUUAACUCUCUAUAAAACUAAGUAGAUGGUACAUAAACGUAUGUUAAUGGUGUCUGCAAUUCGCAUAAUUUACACAUUUGAAUUGUUAUGUUUUUUUUUAUUGUAGACGGUACAUGAGCGUAUGUUAAUGGUGUCUGCAAUUUGUUUACACAUUGUAAUACACGUAUAUUAUUUAUUGCAUUGUUAAUUUAUUGAAAUUAGUAGACGGUGCUUGAAAGUAUUUAAAUGGUGUUUGAAAUUUGUUAAUAUUAAUUGUAUCUGCAAUUUGUUUACUCUACACGUGUUAACAAAAAUAUAAAUAAAUGUAUUGUUUAUUCAUUAGACGGUACGUGGACGUA